UCACGGRAAAGGAUCUAUAUUCGUUUGGGCAUCUGGCAAUGGUGGGCGGCAUACUGAUUCUUGCAAUUGUGACGGAUACACAAACAGCAUUUUUACAUUGUCAAUAUCCAGCGCCACACAAGGAGGGUACAAACCUUGGUACCUUGAAGAAUGUUCAUCUACAUUAGCCACCACUUAUAGCUCUGGAACUCCAGGACACGAUAAAAGCGUGGCCACCGUGGACAUGGAUGCCAAAUUACGACCCGAUCACAUUUGCACUGUAGAACAUACUGGAACAUCUGCUUCGGCUCCACUAGCUGCUGGGCUUUGCGCGCUGACACUCGAAGCGAACCCUACAUUGACGUGGCGUGAUAUGCAAUACAUUGUGGUGCUCACGUCCAAAUCGGCACCCCUGGAACGAGAAGGAGGUUGGAUAUCCAACGGAGUGGGUCGUAAAGUGAGUCACAAAUUCGGGUAUGGUCUGAUGGACGCUGGUGGGAUGGUGUCAUUGGCCGAACAGUGGACUACAGUGCCRCCGCAACACAUAUGCAAAUCCCAAGAGAUCGCCGAAGAAAGGCAAAUCGACCCUACACCGGGCAGCACGAUGACAGUCACCAUGGAGGUGGGCGGUUGCGUAGGCACUCUGAACGAGGUACGAUUCGCGGAACACGUGCAGUGCAAGAUAUCUUUGCGGUUCUUCCCGCGCGGCAACCUACGCAUCGACCUCACCUCGCCGCUGGGCACCACGUCCACACUGCUAUUCGAACGGCCCCGAGACGUGGUCAGCUCCAACUUCGACGACUGGCCGUUCCUGUCCGUGCACUACUGGGGCGAGAAGGUGGACGGCACGUGGACGAUGACCGUGCACAAUGGCGGCAACCGUCACGUCAACCAGCCCGGCAUACUCAAGAAGUGGCAGCUGAUAUUCUACGGCACGGCCACCAACCCGAUACGACUGCGGUCGGCGCACUCGCAACCGUCRCCGCCGUUCGCCAUAUCGCAGCAACAGCAACAACUGCAACUGCUGCAGCCGUCCAAGGCCUCCACCGCCGGUUUCCCGUUCUCCCAACUCGGCGGCGGAAACGGCAACGGACAAGUGUCCGGCACCCCGUCCAUAUACCACUCGAGCAUCGCCGAAAUAUUGUCGCAGGCCGGUUUCCGGAACCUGCCCGACGUGUUCGCCGCCGCCGGAAGUGACAUCGAGACAUCAGUGACGUCACUCACCAGCACGCGCUCAAACUCACAAACCACCCCCGCCGAAAGGCCGAUUGAUGGACAGACGAUUUUGCACGAUUGUGACCCCGAAUGUGACGCUUUUGGCUGUUAUGGCAAAGGUCCCACGCAGUGCGUCGGCUGUCGAAACUUUAAGCUCGACAACACUUGUGUCAGUCGUUGUCCACCCCGCAGUUUCCCGAACAAGGGCGGUGUGUGCUGGCCAUGUCACGAGUCGUGCGAGACCUGUGCUGGAGCCGGACAAGACAGCUGUUUGACAUGCGCUCCCGCUCACCUGAGRGUUACCGAUUUGGCCGUUUGCUUACAACAAUGCCCGGACGGAUACUUUGAAAAUACGGAAGAAGGCACUUGUGUCGCUUGCGGUCCAAACUGUGGAAGUUGUGAAGGUCGUCCCGACCAUUGUACUAGUUGUGAACAUCACUUGGUACUCCACGAUAAUCAGUGUUACGCAAGCUGCCCAGUCAACACAUACGAGACAAACGAUUACCGAUGUGGCUCAUGCGAUGCUAAAUGCGAGUCGUGUACCGGACCAAAUGCUGACCAGUGUAUAACUUGCAAGUCAGGUUAUUUCGAACUCAAAGGCACAUGUCAUUCGAAAUGCCCAGAUUUCUAUUAUCCGCACCAUAAACGUCACGAAUGUCUGGACUGUCCUGUGGGCUGCGUCACUUGCAAUUUAACCGAAUGCCACUCAUGCGACCAGGGUUACACGUUGAACAAGAAGGGCCGAUGCUUAAAAAAUGGCAGUCAACAAUGUCAAUCAGCAGGCCAGUUCUGGACUGGAACACAGUGCCAGUCGUGUCACGGGUCAUGUGAAACUUGCAGUGACUUCUCCAACGAAAACUGUUUGUCUUGUCGUUCGCCGACCAUGUUCCAGUCUCCGGGAUCGUGCGUGGAACAAUGUUCACCCGGGUUCUACCCGGACUUGCGAUUUGGCAACUACGCUACUUGCCAACCGUGUCCGCAUCCUUGCAUCGAAUGUGUGUCGCGCACCAACUGCACAAUGUGUCACUCGCCUUURUUACUGCAAACCGGGCAAUGUCGUACGACGUGUGCCCCAGGGUAUUAUAGUGACGUGGGCUCUUGUGCCAAAUGUUAUCUGAGUUGUAUGACAUGCAGUGGACCCCGCCGGGACCAGUGUGUUAGUUGUCCACGUGGAUGGCAGUUGGCCGCCGGCGAAUGUCAUCCCGAAUGUCCACAAGGUUUUUUCAUGUCUGAUUUCGGUUGCCAGAAAUGCCACCACUAUUGCAAGACUUGCAAGGGUGAAGGCCCGUUGCAGUGUACGUCGUGUCCACCGCACUUUAUGCUCGAGGACGGCCUGUGCUCAGAGUGCUCGGGAUCACAGUACUACGACCCACCCACGCAACUGUGCAAGCCGUGCCAUCCGUCGUGCCGCGCUUGCAACGGACCUGGCCCGUUUAGCUGUUCGGCCUGCAUGUUCCCGCUGCACCUUGACCGGAAGAACACUCAGUGCGUGUCGUGUUGUGGACCGCGUCCGCAUGACGACUGCUGUAGCUGCAACUCGGAAACCGGCGAGUGUCACAACUUGACGCCGGCCGAAAAACGUCGGACAUCGGUGGACAACGAACUGGACAACUUGGCCGUGGCASAGUCUGUCCGUCGCGAUUCUGUCGUUCAACCGUUCAGCAUUAAGGCCGACGCCUCUUUAUUCGGUUACUUGGCCUUGGCCAUGUUUGUUUCCGGCUUGAUAGUGUUGUCCGUAGUAAUGGUGAAACGAAAGCAAAGAAAACACUCGGGUUACGUGAAGUUAUUGCGGCCACAUGGUGACAUGCACUUGGAAGACAACGACAGCAGCACUGCACUGUUCGCCGAAACGUGACYGGCUCAGUCGACACUACCAUCGAUUCGACAACAACACGCCAAUCCACUCGGCGUCUGUCCGGCUGCAACAUCAGUGUAAUCCGGAUGAAGAAUGUAUAUUUUAGAACACACGAAACAAAAAAACACGAGAAACAAGCAACAAACAAAAAAAAUUAUGAUGAUGAYGAAGAUAAUAUUAUUAUUAUUAUUGUUAUCGUUAUUAUUAUUAUUAUUAUUAGCGUAAUGCGUCUCCUCGCUAUUGGUGUUGAUCACUGUCUAUCAUAGCCAAACCUCAUAUAUACAUAUUAUAAUAGCCAAGUGUUCUCCAACGGCUACUAUCUAUCGUCCUUCUUCUACUCUACCACUUACCACUAUUCUUAAUUUGAUCUUUACUGAAUUUCAAUAUUGACGAUAUCGUAUUAAAACAUUAUUGUAUUAUUGUUAUUUGGUCGCUUGUUAAAAGCACAAACAAUUCAUUACAAUAGUGUUGAUAAUUUUAGUUUUGGCAAGAGUUCCUUUUCUAAUGUAAUUGUCUCAAAUCAUAUUUCUUUUACAUUCCAUUUUUUUUUACUUUAUUUACCUUAAAUUCGAUGCUCUCUUUUCAAAGCAGAACAAAUUACAAAUUCAAACGUGAAUAUAUUAUUUUAUUACACAUAUUUUUUACAUAAAAUACAUGCCAACUCGAGUCAAGUGCAUCAAAACUUUUUGUUGUAGUAUUGCCUCGCAAGUUUUAGAUUACCUACCUCUAAGUUAAUUUUUAAAGUUAUAAGUUAUGAUCAAUUGGCAGAAUAUAAAUAAAUUUAAGUUAAACUAAUUGAAUAAUUCAUAUUAUAAUAUGUAAACUAUAAUAGACAUUUGUUUGCCGCACACGGUAUUAUUUUAUGUUUGUUUUAAUUACCCUAUCGUUAUAUCUCAUAAUAACUAUUUACCUAAAAUGUGUCAAAGAUAAAAUCACCAUGUGUUUUAUUUAAGUAUCAUUGUUUUUAUUUGUUAGUUUAAUAUUGUUAUUAUAAAUUGUAUUACAUCAAAUCAC